AAUAUUUCCUCCAGGGCCCCCAAGGAUACCCUUGAUAGGCUCGGCCCCCUUUCUUACCAAAUACCCCACACUGUACCUUAGGGUUAACGGACUCAUGGAGGAGUAUGGAAAAAUAUGCGGAUUCUAUCUCGGGUCCAAAUCCAUUGUAAUCCUCUCAGAUCUAGAAAUGAUAAAAAAGGUGUAUAAGACAGAAGAAGCAUCACUAAGACCUAAAAAUGCUGCUGGAAGUUUAAGAUUUGGUAAACCUGAUGGUACAGAUGUUAAAGGAAUUCUCUUCAGCUCAGGACCAGCUUGGAGAGAACAGAGAAGAUUUGCUCUGAAAAAUCUGAAAGAUUUUGGUUUUGGUAAAUCCAGUAUGGAGGAGAUGAUCCAACAUGAAGCCUUGAAGCUCUGCACAUAUCUUCACAAAACUAGUGGGCAACCUACACACCUUGACUCAUAUCUGAAUAUAUCUAUUGUGAAUGCUUUAUGGAAAAUCUUAGUCGGAGAGGAACUAGAUGUAGAGAAUCCUAGUCAUCUUGAAACUAUAAAUAUCAUUAAUAAGCUUGUCAGGUCGUCUGGAGGAGUGAACCAUCCCUUAGCUCAGAUAUUUCCCCCGCUAGUGAAGAUGUUUCCAAAGUUCUUCCUGAAGGAAAAGAAAUUAUUACGACGAGAAACGACAUGUUUGUCAAUGGAUGUAGCAGAUGUGAUUAAAACUGUGCGUGAUCUCACUACACCCCUCCUACAUCAACACAAACAGUCAUUUGAUCAAAAUAAUCUUAGGGAUUUUGCUGAUGUGCAUAUACAAGCUCAGCUUGAAGCUCAGCCUGGAUCCAGCUUUCAUGGAGAACAGGGAGCUCAGAACUUAGAGAUUAAUCUUCUUGAUUUGAUGAUUGCUGGUUCUGAAACGACAAGUACAACGAUUACUUGGGGAAUACUAUACCUACUUCACCACCCUGAUAUUCAAGAACGUCUCCAUGAGGAACUUGAUAGUAUAGUAGGAAGGGAUAGAAUACCUACACUUCAGGAUGAGGCUAAACUACCGUACAUGAGUGCUACACUUCAUGAAAUACAAAGAUCUUCAAGCAUUGUACACAUUGGUGUACCGCACAGGACAGAUGUAGAUAUAGAAUUAGACAGUUUUGUGAUCCCGGCCGGAUCGACAAUUUUUGCAAAUAUUAUGCAGGUGAUGCACAACCCAGAAGUGUUUAAGGAUCCUCUUAUCUUUAACCCCAGCAGGUUUAUAGAUGAAUCUGGUAAAUUCCAGCCAAAUCCUAAUGUAAUUCCUUUCCUAGUUGGAAAAAGGAUCUGUUUAGGUUCUAGUUUAGCAGAGAAAGAAUUGUUUUUAUUUUUUUCCCUUCUUCUUCACACCUUCUCCUUCCAUCCCGUACCAGAAGAAAAGUUACCCAGCUACAGCACUAAGAGUACUGUUGAUACGAGUAAUACAAUUAUACGGUUCUGUCCCAAAUACUCCCUCAUCGUGAAGCCAAGAAAUUAGGCAUAUAACCCAAGCCUAGAAAUCAGGCCUAGAAUCCAAGCCAAGAAAUCAGGCUUAGAAUCCAACCCAAGAGGUUGGGUCUAGAAUCCUGUAAAGGUAAAUACUGAAUUCUCCAUAACAUCAAAAUAAGACACUACAGGUCAAAUCAUCAAAAUUAAGAUAAAUUCAAUUGUACAAAAAAUCUAAAAUUUCAAGGGUCUCCUAGGUACAUUAGGUUAAAGAUUCAUUAA